AUGUAUCUUGGCUGGAUUAUUUGGUGAAGACUCAAGUGGGAUUAUUUGGAUAUCAUAAUGGAGCAGAAUAUGAAAUGUAAUGUUGAAGAGUGAGGAAAUGCACCGAAAUACCAUCACACGUAUUUUAAGAUUAAUAUUUGAGAAGAUCAUUGCCAGCCACAACAUAAGCAGCACUGAAUCAAACUUGGAAAUAUUGAUGAAAUCACGCAGACACUUGAAGUCGUAAGACUUUGUAUAAAGAGCCUCACUAUCUCAAUGGAACUGUCCAACAACAGCACCUUAGAACCCCUCAUAUCCCUCCUCACCUCCAAAGCCGCUAAAAUCUCAUCCAAAAUCCCCUUCAUCCCUCAAAACCCCUCCCUUAUCCUCCCUCUCAGCAUCUCAGCCAAAUCCCUCCUCACCAGACUCAAGUCCACACCUGAAUUCCAGUCGUUCUGCACUGAGACCCAUAUUUCCCUGUUGCAGUCCUACUUGGCCAACACCUCAAGUCCUCCUACUGAAGCCCAGCUGCCUCAGCUGGGCCAGCUGAGGGAUGUGCAGCAGCAUCUGAGUGAGAUGAAGCAGAGGGUGAUUUCUACAGUGGGAAUAGCGACCAUGGCCAGUUUUAGGAAGACCUACUGGUGCUUAACGAAUAAGCAAGCUUCGAAGAAUAAUGAGGUUUUGGUUAAUUGAGAAUGAGAGGAAGACGUGGAAUUUAUGCGGUGAAUUGGAGAGAAUGUACUUCCCAGGUGAUCGAUACUUAGUAUUGAUAAAAUCAAGAAUCAGACACAGUUCGUUAGAGAUUGGUUAGCAAAGUCAACACCUACAAGAUUAACAUUGCUUGAAUUGAACCUUAGCGGACCUAUGAUUCAAGCUGAAGAGAUUUGUGAGGCAAUCAUGCAUGCUAGUCCUUUUAUCACAAAUGGCUUAUGACUGUACGAAAUGAAGAUUGAUAAAGACCAAUUGGAAAACAUCCUCAAGGUUACUUGUAAAAAUCAGAAAUCGCUGUCCUUUAAAUACUGCAAAAUUGAAGUUGAUCAGCCUCUAAAUUUAGAAGACUGAAUGGACUCAUCGAGAUUAGAAGAACUAGAUCUUGGAUAUUGAGGGCUUCCUGAAUACUGUGACUGGCAAAAUUAUCCAAAAAGAUUUAGUCACUUGAUCCAAGGGCUUUCACAGUUAAUGCAUUUUAGGCAUCCGUUUAAGAAAAUAUAUCUUGAAAGAUGAGGCAUUAGCCUUUACGAAGUCAGAGAAAUCCUUUACCAGCAUGGAUUCAUAAAUGUAGAGAUCCAUAAUCAUUCUGUUUAAACAUGAGUUUACAGACAUGCUCAGCAAUUUCCAACAAUUAAUAUAAAUUAAUUAACUAAAUUCUUAAAUUUCA